UAACGAGAGUUACGAUAACAGUUGUGUGUGUCUUCACUCCACAACCAAAACCAAAACCAAAACCAAAAGCUCCUCUUCCUCUUUUGGAGAGCGCCUGCUUCUUCAAUAAACAAACGAGUCCCAGUCCCCUCGGAACGGAAGCAUUGCUAUCUAUGCCAGCUAGGGACUCCAAAUUCAGGAAUGUGCUGCUCCUCUGUGGCUUUCCAAGAAUCCUCAUGAGUUCUGGAAUGGCAUUUGCCCAUUGAAGUUGAGUGUAGUAGGAGGGGAAACCCUGCAAUUUUUUUUGAUGGAACAGCUGAGAAAUCGAGAUCGCCAUCAGUACAACUCAGUACAACCUGGAAAUGAGGAGCUUGAUUCUACAUCUCAGGGUUUCAUGCUAGACCAUGGCAGCUGCAUAAACUCAAAUAGGAGGCCUUAUGAAAUAAGAACUUCAGAAGCUAAACCUGUACUUAAUUACUCAAUACAGACAGGUGAAGAGUUCGCUCUUGAAUUUAUGCGCGACCGGGUGAAUCCUAAGCAGCCAUUUAUUCCAAAUACUGCUCGUGACCACACAACCUGUUACUUGGAACUAAAAGGCAUUUUAGGCAUCAGUCACCCUGGGUCUGAAAGUGGGUCGGAUGUAUCAAUUAUCACUGCUGUGGAAAAAGGUCCUAAAGAUUUUGAGCGGAAGAACUCUUCUCUUUACGAAGACAAAAGUAACUAUGGGUCUGUGCAAUCAGUACCACGAACUUCAUCAGACCAGAGCAUUUAUCGAGGAACCCUGCAAGAAUAUUCCUCUUCUGGAGCAUCUGAAGGCUCGUCAACAAAAAUUAAAAUUUUAUGCAGCUUUGGGGGUAGAGUAUUACCUCGGCCAAGCGAUGGGAAACUUAGAUAUGUAGGAGGUGAAACUCGAAUUGUCCGUAUAAGAAAGGACAUCACUUGGCAUGAGUUGUGGCAGAAGAUAAUAACAAUAUAUAACCAGACUCAUUCAGUUAAAUAUCAGCUUCCUGGGGAGGAUCUUGAUGCCUUAGUUUCUGUGUCUUGCGAUGAGGAUCUGCAGAAUAUGAUGGAGGAAUGUUUUGUACUACAAGAUGGAGAAGGAUCAAACAGACUUAGAAUGUUUCUGUUCUCUUUGAGAGAUUUAGAAGAUGCUCAUUUUGGUCUGCAAAACUAUGAUGGUGAUUCUGAGAUCCAAUAUGUAGUUGCCGUCAAUGGCAUGGACGUGGGAUCAAGAAAGAACUCUACGCUUCAUGGUCUAGCGAGCUCUUCAGGAAAUAACCUAGAUGAGCUAGAUAGAGAGAAUGUUGAGAGGGACACUGGUGGAGCUACAGCCGACUAUGGCGAAGUUUGCACUUCACCAUUGACCGGUCACAUGAUCUCGUCUUCGCAAUCUUCUCAACCAAUUCCGCCACCCUUCUCCAAUCCUUAUGAAACACAUUCUCAGUUUUAUAACGGAGAAAUGUUACAUCAAGAAGCUACACUGUACCCAUUGCCGUGUGUUUACAACACUAAUCCUCCUACUUACUCGCCUGUUGGGGAAAGUUCAGGUCCGCAUCCAGUUCAUGAGAUCGCAACUCGGCAAAAAGGUGAAGGGCAGCCAUCAGGUGUCUUAUGCAUGCAGGAUUCUCAAAUGCGAGUAAAAGAAUUGAAACAGAGAAGUGAUGUGUCAAUUCGGCAACAGGGUGGAGAUGAAAGUACUUUAUCUUCUUCAAAGUACUACCACAUUCCCUCACAGCAAUUAGAUGGUACUGUUGAGGAUUAUUUUCCAACUGAAGAAGCAUCUUCCGUCAUUUUUACACCAGAGGAAGAACUGAAGACUUCAAGGACUGAGGGAAGGCACCAGGAAACCAUACAGGUGUCUUCACCUCUUUGUGCCAUUAAUCCACCGCAGGUUCCUAAAGCUGAUACAUCUAAUGGUGCGUUGACUCCCGGACAUGGAAACUCUGAGUCUGAUCCAAUUGAUUUGAGCUACCUUGAGCCUCCUGUGCCUCCUCAAAGAAUCUUUUACUCUGAGCGAAUUCCACGAGAACAGGCAGAGUUGCUAAACAGGUUAUCAAAAUCAGAUGAUUCACAUGGUUCUCAGUUUCAUAUAAACCAUUCACAUUGUGAUGUAGCACAACAGGGUUUUGUUGUAGAAUCUGUCCCUUCACAGGCUGAGCAACCCAUCUCCACUAAGAAGCCAUUGUACGAGGAUCCUCACACCAUUGCUGAUGGAGCCACCCAACUUCAAAACUUGAAGAAGGCAGUAUCAAGCCCUUUUGACAAUGAAUAUGCUAGAAAUGAGGAUAGAAUACUCGAGGAUGAUAAUGAAACCAACUCCGUGAAAGAAGACGAUAAGAAUCUCCUGACUAGUGAAACAUCAGAAGCUGGAUCAAAAUUUCCUGCUGCUAGCCUAGUGGAUGCAGUAACGCAUCAUGAGAGUUCUGCAGACAGUCUUCCGGAGUCUCAGUGUCCUGGUGAGGCUGACAGCAACUUUACUGUUGAUACUACCCAGAGGGAUAAUCAAGAUUCUGCUUGGAUAGAAAGCUUUAGGGAACCAUCUGUCGGGGUUUCCAAACCAGAGGGGGGAGACAUCCUCAUUGAUAUUAAUGACCGAUUCCCUCGUGAUUUCCUUUCAGAUAUAUUCUCAAAGGCAUUACUAUCUGAGGGUUCAUCUGGUAUUAGUCCGCUGCAGAAAGAUGGAGCUGGUUUGAGUUUGAACAUAGAAAAUCAGGAUCCUAAGCACUGGUCAUAUUUUCAGAAAUUGGCAGGAGACGAGUUCACUCGGAAGGAUGUUUCUCUUAUUGAUCAGGACCAUUUUGGUUUUUCGUCUGGGCUUCCAAAAGUUGAAGAAGAAGCUCCUAUAAGUUACAGAUUUUCACCCUUUCCAACAGAUGAUAUUUCUCUAAGCCAUGUUGAUUCCCAGAUGAAUUAUGGUGAUGAAGAUCAGAAUGAAUUAUCUGGUACAGUUGGAGCUGACACUAUAGCAUUACCCUCAUACUAUGAUCCUUCUCAGUUGAAGGACAGCGAACUUAUGCAUUUUGAUACUUUUGAAGAGAAUGAGGAUGGAAGCAGGAAUACUGGCCUACCUCCUCUAGAUCCUUCUCUGGGAGAUUUUGAUAUCAGUAGCUUGCAGAUCAUAAGGAAUGAAGAUCUUGAAGAACUGAGGGAACUUGGUUCUGGCACAUUUGGCACCGUCUAUCAUGGAAAAUGGAGAGGAACAGAUGUUGCCAUUAAGAGAAUAAAGAAGAGCUGCUUCACUGGUCGAUCAUCAGAGCAAGAGAGAUUGACCAUAGAGUUCUGGAGCGAAGCUGAAAUUCUGUCGAAGCUUCACCAUCCGAAUGUGGUUGCAUUUUAUGGUGUAGUGCAAGAUGGACCUGGGGCAACACUAGCUACUGUGACAGAAUAUAUGGUUGACGGUUCUUUGAGGCAUGUUCUACUUCGCAAGGAUAGGCAUCUUGACCGUCGCAGGCGGCUUAUAAUUGCCAUGGAUGCUGCCUUUGGAAUGGAGUAUUUGCAUUCAAAGAAUAUUGUGCAUUUUGAUCUAAAAUGUGACAACUUGCUAGUGAACUUGAAAGAUCCUUCACGGCCCAUUUGCAAGGUAGGUGAUUUUGGCCUGUCAAAAAUCAAGCGAAACACCUUGGUUUCUGGUGGAGUUAGAGGUACCUUACCAUGGAUGGCUCCAGAGCUGCUGAAUGGCAGCAGCAAUAAGGUUUCAGAAAAGGUUGAUGUGUUCUCCUUUGGUAUAGUCCUAUGGGAGAUUCUAACCGGAGAGGAGCCUUAUGCGAACAUGCACUAUGGUGCAAUUAUAGGAGGUAUUGUCAAUAACACACUAAGGCCAUCCAUUCCAAGCUUUUGUGAUGCAGAAUGGAGAAGGCUAAUGGAGCAGUGCUGGGCCCCCAAUCCUGUGGCCAGGCCAUCCUUCACAGAAAUUGCCAGUCGCUUGCGCGUGAUGUCUUCUGCUACCCAAACCAAAGGGCAGGUUCACAAGGCAUCUAACUAAUGGUUUGACGAUAACUCACACUGCUGUUUUCCCCCAUUCAACCUGACCCAGUUUUUAUUUCAAUUGUACAAUGUAAAGAAAAGUGCUUAAUUUAACUCCAUGUUAGCAAUAGGGAGGUCGGAUUCCAGAGAAGUGUUCUUGAGAUGUACUGGGAGGGUGCCAUAAUUUUCCGUACUGAUUUCUUUUCCCCCUGACACAAGGAAUUUCAUGUUAGAAACUUACUCUAAUUUGUCAUUGUUAAGUUAUGGUGAUUUCAUUGAUAUAUUACCGAUUUGUCUA